AAAUUGCUUAGUUUAGUUUCAUUUGUCUUUGGGAUUGUUAGAGUUUGAUUAGAGUACCGUGUACCUUUCGACGAAAUUUCUAGGACUUGGUUUAAAGCAAAAAGUUCCUUUCAAAUUUGCAUUUAUAUAUGGUGACUGCAACUAGAAUGGAGGAGAAUUGCUUAGUAAAUAAGUCGAAAUCUGAUCAAAUUACAAAAAACAUGAAGCGAGAGGUAAGUUGGCCAUCGGUCCUUUUUUAUAUUCAUCUGAAUAUUCUUGGACUGUAUGGUAUAUUUGUCAUGUUUACGAAUACGUCGCUGCAAACAAUCCUCUUCACUUUAUCAUUAACACUGUUGGGAAUAUUAGGUGCUACUGCUGGUGUUCAUAGAUUGUGGGCACAUCAAACAUAUAAGGCAUCAACUUCAUUAAGGUUAUUUCUAAUGUUGUGCCAAACUUUGGCCGGACACGGAUCCAUUUAUAAUUGGGUUCAAUUGCACCGCCUUCAUCACCAACAAUUUCAAAAAGAACAUGAUCCUUACUAUAGCAACCGUAAUUUUGUUUCUGCUCAUGUACGCGCUCAAUGUAUGAUGUACACAGUAAAGCAGCAAGCACUAUUAAAAGAGGUGGAUAUGUCUGAUCUUAAUGCUGAUAAAAUAGUAAUGUUUCAAAAAAAAUUCUAUUGGAUACUAUUUUUUGUUCUACAUGUCUUUCUGCCGAUUAAUACACCAUUCGAAUAUUGGAAUGAUUCACUAUCUGCUUCACUAUUUGUUGCAUUUUCACUACGUUAUCUUAUUGUUUUAAACACCUCUUGGUUAGUCAAUUCUGCACAUUUUAUUUGGGGUUUAAAUAAGAAUUUUAAGCCAUCGGAUUCCAAUAGUGUAUUUUUCAUUACAAAAAGCUACUGGCCCCAAUAUCAUUAUAUACUGCCGAACGAUUAUCAAAGCGGAGAGUUUGGAGAGUAUUCUCAGGAUUGUAUAACUGCUAUAAUCAGAGUUUUUGCUGCACUAGAUUUGGCUACAGAUUUAAAUACUAUCAGCUCAGUAGCCGUCAGAAAUGGGUUGACUGUUGCCGUAGAAACCGGGCGACCUAUUUUAGAAUGUAUACAAGAAGCAGGUUUAAGAGAUAUGCAACUUAUGCCGAAAAAUCAUUUCUUAAAUAGAGAAAAAUUUUUGUAAUACAACGUUUUUAACGAAAAAUAUAAGUAUAAUUUAGUUUUGU